AUGGACCCCAACUGCUCCUGCGCCACUGGUGGCUCCAGCACCUGCACCAGCUCCUGCAAAUGCAAAGAGUGCACCUGCACCUCCUACAGGGAGAGCUGCUGCACCUGCUGCCCUAUGGGCUGUGCCAACUGUGCCCAGGGCUGCAUCUGCAAAGAGGCAUAA